AUGUCGUCGACUAUCACGCACGAGAAUUACUUCAAUCUAGGAACAUAUGAAUGGAAAAUCACGACUAAAUCUGCAUCCGCGCAAACAUGGUUCAAUCGUGGACUGAUUUGGUGCUAUGGCUUCAACCACGAAGAAGCAAUCAUCUGCUUUGAGAAUAGCAUUAAGGCGGAUGCGAACCCCAUGGCAUUCUGGGGUCUGGCAUACGCAUUAGGACCAAACUAUAAUAAGCCAUGGAAGAUCUUCGAUCGGGAUGAAUUAGAACGAAAUGUUGCAAGGGCACAUCAGGCUGGCCAGCAGGCCAAACAGCAAGCCAUUGCAGACAGUGCAACCCCUCUUGAGCGAGCACUCAUCGAUGCCCUCGAAUACCGGUAUCCGGAGAAUGAUGCAGCGGCGGAUCACUCGAGAUGGGAUGCAGGCUACGCCCAUGCUAUGCAGAAGGUGUAUGAAACUCAUGGUCACAGCCUAGACAUAGCAGCUCUCUACGCAGAUGCAUUAAUGAACUUGACUCCCUGGAGUCUCUGGAACGUGAAGACCGGUAAACCUCGGGACGGUGGUCGCACUUCGGAAACCAAGGCAGUCUUGGAAAAGGCCAUGGCCCACGUAGAUGGUCUUCGGCAUCCUGGAAUCCUCCAUCUGUACAUUCAUCUCAUGGAAAUGUCUCCUACACCUGAGAAGGCGCUCGUGGCGGCCGAUGCACUUCGAAUGCUGUGUCCAGAUGCCGGCCACCUCAAUCACAUGUCCACACACAUAGACAUCCUAUGUGGAGACUACCGGCAGGCGAUGACCUCCAAUCUCGACGCCAUCAGAGCCGAUGAACGCUACCUGGCUCAUGCCGGCGCGCUCAACUUCUAUUCCCUAUACCGCUCCCACGACUACCACUUCCGAAUCUACGCCGCCAAAUUCGCCGGAAAUUUCAAAGUAGCCCUACAAACCGUCUCCGAGCUCGAAGCAUCUCUACCGGAGGAUCUCCUGCGGAUCCAAUCGCCGCCCAUGGCCGACUGGCUAGAAGGCUUCCUGUCGAUGCGAAUCCACGUCCUCAUCCGCUUCGGCCGCUGGUCCGAGAUUCUCGAGAUCGUAUUCCCUCCCGAUCGCACACUCUACUGCGUCACGACGGCCAUGACGUACUACGGCCGGGGCAUGGCAUUCUCCGCGCUGGGCCGCAUCGACGAAGCCCGCGAGGCCCGAGAACUCUUCACUCGAGCCAUGGCCCGCGUGCUCGAGACUCGCACGCUCUUCAACAAUACCUGCCGCGAUAUCCUCGCCGUCGGCGCAGCGAUGCUCGAUGGGGAAUUGGAGUAUCGUCGUGGCGAGUACGAGGUCGCGUUCGCGGCGCUGCGGAGGGCCGUGCAUUUGAGUGAUGAUCUACCCUAUGAUGAGCCGUGGGGUUGGAUGCAGCCGCCGCGGCAUGCGCUGGGGGCGCUGUUGCUCGAGCAGGGGCAUGUGGAGGAUGCGGCGAAGGUGUUUAGUGCGGAUUUGGGGUUCGAUGAGACUCUGCCGAGGGCUUUGCAGCAUCCGAACAAUGUUUGGGCGCUGAAGGGAUUUCACACGUGUCUGAUGAAGUUGGGCAGGGAGGCGGAGGCGAGGAUUGUGGAUAAGUUGUUGGUUGUGGCGGCGGCGACGGCGGAUGUGUCGAUUGCUACGUCGUGCUUUUGUGCGACCAAGAGCCUGUGCAACUUGUGA